CUGGAACACAGAGUGUGUGCUCUGGGGGUCUUGUUUAGAGUAGUUUCAAACCGUCUAACAACAUGCAGAGCUCUGCUUUGUGGACGCUGCUGCUCGCUGGGGUUUUGGCGACGAUUCACGCUGCACCCACCGUCGCUCCAACGACAUCAGCAGACGACCAAGAUGUUGCAGAGGGGUAUCUGUCACAGUUUUAUGGUGAUGUGGGGACCAGGAACACCUCAAGGAGAAGCCUCAUCAGGAGCAACUUUAGCGAAGAUCUGGAAGCCAUGCAGUCUUUCUUCGGACUGGAGGUAACGGGGGUCUUGAAUAAAGAAACUGUGGAAGUCAUGAAGGCGCCUAGAUGUGGUGUGUCGGACAUCAGCCGCUACGGACACUUUGCUGGGAAACCCAAGUGGAACAAGAGGCUUAUCACCUACAGGAUCACUCAGUACACUCCAGAUCUAAGCCAGAGACAAGUGGACGAGACCAUCGCCCAAGCCUUCCAGCUCUACAGCGACGUCAUCCCACUAGACUUCAAGCAGAUCUUCAGCGACACUGCAGACAUCAUGAUUCUCUUCAAGGGGGGAUAUCACGGGGACUUCUAUCCUUUUGACGGAACUGGGGGAGUCCUAGCUCACGCCAACUCUCCAGGACGGCAGCAGGGAGGGGACACCCACUUUGACGACGAUGAGAAUUGGACUCUAACCCAAAGAGGUGUCAAUCUGCUGCUGGUGGCGGCCCACGAAUUUGGCCAUGCUUUGGGUCUGGACCAUUCCAGGGACAGACGUGCGCUGAUGUUCCCUACUUAUCAGUUUGUCAACACAAACGGCUACAAGCUGCCAGACGAUGACAGGCAAGGAGUUCAAGCCCUCUAUGGUAGCCGUACAACAGAUCCAACAAAAGCCCCAAAACCAAACCCGCCUCCUGAACCCGAGCCAGAGGAACCAACAGAAGACCCCACAGACCCUCUUCCAAACCCUCGUGACGAACAGUGCAGCAGGGAUCUGGUGUUUGACGCUGCCACGUCCAUCAGGGGGGACUUGUUCUUCUUCAAAAACGGAUACUACUGGAGGAAGAGUACCAUGUUAAAUGGGAUACGUUUUACGAAAGUGAGCACAAAAUGGUCAAGAAUCAACACAGUUGAUGCUGCGUAUGAGGUACCAAACAAGGAUGUAGUUCAUCUCUUUGAAGGUAAUCAGUACUGGGGCAUUAGGGCAUUUGCAAAGACUUUAAUAGCAGGUUAUCCGAAGCCUCUCACCAACCUGGGCUUGCCGUCUUCUGUCAGCAAGGUGGACGCAGCAGUCUACGUGAAAACUACUGGGAAAACAUUGAUUUUUGCAAACAGGCAAUAUUGGAGCUAUGAUGAAGCCAGGAACCAAAUGGAUCCCGGAUAUCCACGAUCAAUUGCUCGAGACUUUCGUCGCGUGGGCUCCAAAGUAGAUGCGGUUUUCGAGAAUUACGACAAUUCUACUUCCAUAACGGCAGCCUUUUAUCUUAAUUUUUUGUUCACAGGGUCAUCCCGGUCCCCAAUGGAGUCACUCAACACGUUUGAAUCUGAGAUGGAAGCUGAUGGACAGGGAAACUAUUCUCUAUUUCCAGCUCUCGACAUUGCUGGUCUGUCUGGGACUGCUGAUAGCCUGGAGAGUGAAGCUUCCGGUGAAAUUGCAGAGAAGCCAAACCUUACCUGGCUUGAUGCUGCUCAGAUUGUUUUGGAAGAAGCAGGACAUCCUAUGCACAUCAAGGAGAUCAAGCAGAGGAUCAUUGACAGGGGACUUGUUCAAUCCAAUGCAAAGUCCAGCCUGGAAGCCGUCAUGUAUCGUGAGUCCAAUGACGAGCAUCAGCAGGCACUCCAGGCCUUUUCUGCCAAGGCCUUCCUUGGCCCCGCGCAGCAGAACCCCGCUUCAGGACAAAGCAGCAGUUCCACCACCACCACCGCCACCCCCUUCCCAGCCUCUGAGAACAAGGCCAAGAUGAAGAGAGGAGCGCGCAAAAAGCUGAACGAAAAGUACCGGCUGAAGUACCUUCGUCUUCGCAAGGCAGCGCGUGCCAUGAUAUUUGAAAAUGCAGCCUUGCAUGAUGAAGUUGCCCACAUAGAAGAGAAGUUUGUUAGAGCCAAAGAAGAGCGACAAUUUUUGCUGUUGCACUACCAGUCUCUGUCAGAUGGGGACUUCCUGCCCACACCCAGCUCAAGCACCCACCCAGCUGUGCCCACUCCCCCGGUUAGUUCAGGUGCCAGUGGGGCUCCUGGCCUGUGCGGAACUCAUAAUCUCAUGUCGGCGCUGUCAAUCGGCGACGAAGGAUUUCCUAAAAAGCCCAAGAAGGAACGAAAAGAGCGAGUCCGAGAGAAUGGAAAAGAGGAGUUUCCUAGGAAAAUGACCAAAAAGAGAAAACUAGCGGAUGGCUCCAGGAAGUUAGUCCAACCUAUUGCGCUGGACUCCUGUGGUCGCCCCGUCUUCCCUAUCGUGCUUGGAGGCUUAACGGUCUACAGUUUGGGCGAGAUCAUCACGGACAGAAUGCUGUUCCAUGACGAAUGCGCCAUCUACCCAGUGGGCUUCUGCAGCACGCGAGUCUUCGCCAGCAUGAAAAACCCCGAGCAGCAGUGCCUAUACACCUGUCAAAUCAAAGAUGGGAGAAGCGGACCACAGUUUGAAAUUGUGCCAGAAGACGACCCACAGAAUGCCAUCGUUGCCUCAUCUGCCCUGACGUGCCACUCCAACCUGCUCAAGGCCAUCGCUUCAGUCAGUUCCAAGUCUGUUGCUCCGAUUGUUCCUUCUGGAGCGGACUUCUUCGGCUUCUCUCAUCCCACCAUCCAGAACCUCAUCCAGAGUUGUCCUGGAGCACGCAAAUGCAACAACUACCGAUGGAUUCGUUUUGAGGUGUGUCGCCCGGGCGACGGCCAGGUUCCACACACGCUAUCGGAGGACGACCCCUCCGUCAAUUUUGAGGCAUAUCAGAGACACCGGUGCUUUAGUUUUGAGAAAGCGGAGCAAAUUACAGCACAGAUAUUGCAGUGUUCUAGCUCCUCCCACCUGGCCCCGGCCUCUUUGAAGCUGUCUUCCUCCUCAUAUUUCAGCUCUUCUUAAGGUUACAACCCCUUUCAAAAUGACUUCAAAUGCUCAAAAUAACAAUACAAUGUUAAGUUUUGUGGGUCUAAAUACCUCCCCAUUGUUUACGUAUAAUUAAUUGAAAUAUUCUCUUUUUUGUGUAUAUGUGCAUAUAUUGUGUAGAUGUUUGUGUUGUAAAGGCUUUUUAAAAAUAAAUUGAAAUAUAAAAGCA